AUGCGCUUCCAUCAUCACAUCACUGAUGAUGUGGUGAUGGAAGCGCAUCCGGAGCUGCAAUCCACUAUCAGUGAUGUGGUGAUGGAAGCGCAUCCGAAGCUGCAAUCCACACUGCGUCUGGGCGAGGCUAGGCCGCCAGUGUCUCGUUUCGGGCCGUCGGAGGCAGUCGAGGCGAAAUCCAACGCAACCGUUCGUCUCGGACUUGUGAUCUCGACCAGCCCACCUCGUUUCGCGACGAUCCGAGACCGUGACUUCACUACAGUGAUGCCCUCUCCAGCUGUUACUAACUUACAAACUCAGUCCAGUAUCCUAAAGCAGUAUUCAGGCACAAGCUUAGAUGUUCAGCCGUCUAUACCUGCAAUAUCGACACAAACAGUGUUUCUGCCAUCUGCAGCCCCAACUCCAACACAAGCAGUGCCUACGCCAUCUGCACCAGUAACACCAACAACUGCAAACUUUUGUCGUGAGUGGUACUCUGAAGAUGGAGGGACUUUCGGAAAUUUAUCACAGUGGAUAUCGUUUUUAGUUCCCUGUCCAUGGACAUUAUUGCACGCUGAGCUUGACUUUCGAUUCAUGCGUGUAUCUUCUUCAAUCGAGAGUGGAGAGUGUUACAUCCAACGAUUUCAUUUUCAGAUUGCAAUUGGAGAGAGGGUUGUGACACCAGAGACUGAGUGCUGUUAUGCAUCUAAAUAUUUGCAUUCUGGAGUUCUAAUUCGAGCCAGAGUGUAUUUACGCUAUCUAUUCAACUUUCCAUAUAGUCCUUUUCAAUUGAGAGUUCAGCCAUAUGAUUGGUGCUGUCGUCAACCUCACAGCUGUCUUCCUUACCUUGAUGUGCAAGUUAAUUCAUUGUUGUCAUGCUAUUGGCCUCCUCGUCUGGGAAGUGGUUAUGGUGAUCCUCACUUUCGCACGAUGGAUGGCAAAUUAUUCACAUUUAAUGGACAAGGAGAGUACAUAGUCAUGAAGACUAGAGAUGAGUCAUUUGUUCUGGAAGGUCGCACUGAACCCAUUGGAGAAGGCAACUGUAGUGCUACCGUAUUUACAGCCUUUGCAAUGGCUCAGUUCCUUCCCAGUGCCGAUUUCACCACAAGUGACCCCAAUUCAACUGUACUUCAUGUGCAGCUGACGACAAACAACAGACUACAAGUGUUUGCAAGGCACAUUGGAGACGUUUCAUUUGUCAACAUUACAAGCAAUUUUACUGAGCUGAGCAACACAUCUAUUCUCGUCUUAGACAACGUUGUCAUAUCACAACCAGACUGCGCAACAUUUAUAGCUGUGUUUAGUUCAGAUAUAUCAAUAAGAGUGGAGGCAAAGAAGGCACUGUUGGCUGUUGUGUUUGCAGGUCCAAAAGAUCUCAUCGGUAAUACAAGUGGACUCUUGGGCGUGUGGGACGAGGAUCCCAAAAAUGACUUGACAACAAGAAAUGGAACUAUUUUAGCAUCUACUGAUUCAGAUGAAAGAAUACACUUUCAAUUUGGACUUUCAUGGGAAGUGCAGUCAAGUGAAAGUUUGUUCUAUUAUGACAGUGGUAAUGGUGGCAAUGGUUUAGGACUUGCAAACAUUACCAUUUCAGAAGCAAUUCCUUGUUUUGUCGAUGAAAAUGAUUUAACAAAUAUGGCAAGCUCAGUCCCAAACCUGACAACUACAUGUGGUGGAAAUGAACAGUGUCUUUUUGAUGGUGUUGUGACUGGAGAUUUAGAAAUUGCCUUUCAGACACUCUCGACUCAUCAGAUGAAUGAAGAUAAUGCUGUGACAUUGAGUAACAGACCACCCGUUAUGAAUGGCAAUGAUACUCUUUUUGCUUCUGUUUAUGAGACCACAGUUUAUUCGUUUACAGCUACUGAUGCAAAUGAUAAUUUCACUGUUACUCUUCAAGGAAAUCUACCACCAACAGAUGAGUUUACAUUUUCACCAAUGGGUAGCAUGUAUAACUUUACUGCUUAUACCUUUACUUGGACUCCUACGUCUACACAGAAUGUAAGCAUUCAGUUUAUUGCAGUGGAUUCUGUAGCAGCAUCCAGUCUGUUGCAUCCUUUGGUUAUACUGUGUGCUUGUAAUCAUAAAUUCAAUGCAACUUGUACUGAUGGACACCCCGGAGAGGACAAAUUCUUACUGCAGAAUUGUGACUGUGGACUAGGCGAUGGUGGCACUUUGUGCAAUGUGGAUGUUGAUAUUGACUGUUUCCCAUUUUAUAAAUGUACUGACAAUCCAGCAUGUGAAUGCUCAAAUGGUACUGUUCUAAGGAAUGGCACGUGUUCAGGUGUGUGCACAAAUGCAUAG